AUGAGGAUUGGGUGUCUUCAGUUCGCGCCGCAGGUCGGCGACAUCGACAAUAACCUGAACCGGGCCGACGCCGUCUUGAGCAGAGCGAACCCCGAGGAACUCGAUCUUUUGGUGCUGCCUGAGCUGGCAUUUACGGGUACGUCUAUGGAAAGGACGGGGACCAUUCGAACGAAGCAAUGCCAUGUCCAGAAGACAGCGACGUCUUCCGAGAGCAUGGACCUCAAGUUUGAGGCACCAUGGGACGCUUUCGAAUUCGGAUACCAUAUACUGGAGUACCAGUCCAACUUUGUCAUCGUUUCCAUGGCAUGGUUAACACGAGAAGAGGGAAGGGCCUUCAGUCGCAUGCCCAACGAACCAGACAUGGAAACCCUUACCUACUGGGUCACGAGGCUUGAGCCUCUCAUCCGCGCCGAAAACGACGACGAGAUCAUCGUGGUCUUUUGCAACAGAACAGGCACUGAGGACGACGUCAUCUACGCUGGCACAAGUGCUGUGGUCGGGAUCCAGGGCGGUGAGGUCAAGGUUUAUGGCCUUCUGGGCCGCGGCCAAAAAGAACUGCUCAUCGUCGACACAGAGAACGCCCCUUUUGCCAAACUUGUGUAUCGCCCCGAGAACGGGGACUCGUCGUCUGCUCAGGUCGAACUCCAGAGAACAGGGCUAUCGCCAUCAACUGAAUCAUCCAAGCUCUCGUCUACCAGUACAUGGUCACAGUCUGCACCCUCAGAACAGAACCUUCAAGAGAAUCCUUCUUCGCCGACUGGGUCAAAGACAUCUUCCACUGGAUCCGCUGAGCUGAGGAAUCGUGAAAACACGACGACAAGAACAAAACGAAGGCCUGCACCCUUGACCCACGUGCCUCGGCAGUCUUUGGCGUACACUAGGGAGUCACAACCUACAUCAGAAAAGUCUCCAGGAUUCAACAACAGUGAAAUUCCAACGCCGAGUGCCCCAAGCCCAACGCCCAUGGCCAUUCGACCAAAGCUCAUCAUACCUCAAUCCCCGACGCUCAGCUGGACUCCUAUUAGCCCCGAACCGCAGAGCACCCAGUCAACAUACUCAAUUCACUCCGUGCGUUCCAAUCAGUCCGUCAGAUCGAACGAGAGACCCCCAGCUGAAAGCACGCCUUAUCCUGACAGUGGUCUCCCAUUAAGCGGUUAUCCCAGAGCCUUCCCGGAUGAGAGAUAUGGUGGCGAUGAAAUCAGAGCUAACGUGGACGACUUUUUUGUCCCUCUUUCACCAUUCCGUGAGGCUGACACGCCUUCGUCACCGCGCUUCUUUUGGAGACCUCCAGACGAGGUAUUGCAGGCUACGAUGGAAUAUCAUGGCUUGACCUCCACCGGAGCCGCUCAGAUUACGAGGGCAAUCUCGACGCAGGUGUAUGAUCGUACAUCACAAACACCACCUUCGAUUGCGCACCGUUCCAACACAGUGCGGCCCUCUGGGACGACAGCUCGUGGCUCGGGCUUCGACGCGUCCCAACGCGGCGAGGCCUGGCGCACACAUCAGACAUCGGGUAGCUACGCAGGCCAGAGCACUGACGAGGCUUUCAAGCCCUCGGGUGUACCGCAAUAUCAAGGAGACCUAGCAGCAACCGCAUCCGUCUCGCCAGCAAAGACCAAGACAAGCGAUCAGGCAAAUGUUGGUGACACGUCAACAUUGUCUUAUCAGCCUACAGAGGCAAGAGCAGUUGCGCAGCAGAUAGAUCCUGUUUUGCAGCUCGCUCAGGAUAUGAGCGACAGGUGUGUCACUGCGAUUGAGGACCCUCGCGCCGCAAUGUUUGACAGACCCUCUUCCCCCAAGUCUCGCAACUGCAGUCGAAGCCGUCCUACCGAGGCCGCAGCGUCCUUUUUGACCCAGGACUUCCCGAUCAUGAUCGGUAAUGAGCUGUCCAGGCCGCUCUCCAGCUAUGCAUUUGUUGGGCAAGAUUUGCCGCGGCCAAUGUCUCGCUUGGCGCACCAUGCGAGAUCAUCCUCAGUCACGGAAGCGGAGAAACAGUCAACCAGAGCCCGUCAGCCCCGAUCUACGACACCUAUCCGAGUAGUCGAUGACAGGACCUCCUCGACUUCUCGCUCACUACAUAGAGGGCGGCAGCCAGGGUACAAUAAUACUUCCCCUCGACACGUGUCAGUGGAAAGGCCUCAGUCUCGGAAUCACUUCCGGAGUCAGACGCUGCAGUCCAGUCGCAGACGAGAGUCUAUUUCAGCUGGGGCGCCGAGAUCUGGGUCCACAGGUGCAGCAAACUACGAGAGGGUUGAGUCUGUCGUUUGUCCCAAUUGUCCGGUACACGGACGGGCGUCGAGGAACAGUAAUGCAGGUGAACGGGACUCAAGCUCACAGCCGUUGGCGCGGGCUUCUCCCAGACGACCGACGCCUGUCGCCAUCCCCAACAACAAUAUUCGCCCAAAUGAAGACGAGCUCAGCAUGGGUACUCAGUUCUUGUCACGGAACACAGUUCACCAAGUCAACCUCCUCGACGACAGCAUCUAUUCAACAGGUUCAUUCGACAGCUCGUCUACUGCGGUUGAGACGCUCUCUCUGAAGACUGUUUCGAGUUCGAGCCGAUCUCCUUCAACGCCAACCGAAUUGAGAACACCCAAGGCUAUGGUUUUUAUCCAUUCCCUCGAGGAUACUGAUGGCGCCGAGGAUGAGCUGACGAUGAAUUUGGACAAGAAAGCCUCCGUCAUGCGUUGCGUGGACCGGGAACUCGUCCAAUUGUAA